AUGAAUCAAGUGUCAGAAGGGUCAAGGACGGUCAGUGUUGAAGAGAUGCCUCGAGUAUUGCAACUUCGAGCUGCAAAUACCAAUAUAACAGAAGGUGAAAGUACCAGCCAGUCUCGCAAUGUCAGGUGGGAAGAAGAUGUGGUUGAUAAUGAAAAUAUGAACAAGAAGAAAACUAAGAUAUGUUGUAUAUUUCACCCUGCACAAGAAGAAGAAGAUCCAGAGCAACUCUGUCCUUCAGAUCAUGAACACUCUUCUUCUUCCUCUUCUUCUUCAUCAUCAGAGUCAGACGAUGACGAUAAAUAUAACUCAGAACAAAGGAGGCAGCGCAGGAUAGAGAGGAGGCGCAGAAGACAAAAGACUAACAGGCCAGCUAGUCCUAACGCUUAUGAAAUUCAACCCGAUUAUAGUGAAUAUAGGAAAAGAAUGAAUGCCAAUGUGUGA